GAUUGCUGCGCGCGCACUCGCACACAAAGGAGACGAAGGAGGAAACAAGCAGUGCCGCGCUUUGUGUGUGCUGAGGGGGGGCGAAGCGCCGGCGUCUCCCACUUUCCUUGGAAGCAGCAGCGAGCAGAGGUGCGCCGAGAGAUCGGCCUCGUUGGGAUAGUUGGGGUCUCGGCGCGCAGCGACGCCCUUUGGUAAAAGCCAUAUCCACAUUGAAGAAUUAGUUAGCCCAAACAAGUGAAGAUAUAAGCCUGUGUGGGUGAGAAUAUAGCACUAUGUUCCAAGCUAAGGGACAAUCCAGUACAGCCUCUUCUAAUGAAGCAAAAAGCAACAAUGGGACAUCUAUUGUACAGAGAUCCAAGUCAUUCAGCAUGAAGGCCCAGGUGAAAGAGACAUGCAGUGCCUGCCAGAAAACUGUCUAUCCUAUGGAGCGCUUGGUGGCUGAUAAAUUUGUCUUCCAUAACUACUGCUUUUGCUGUAAGCAUUGCCACACCAAGCUAAGCUUGGGUAGUUAUGCAGCUCUCCAUGGGGAAUUCUACUGCAAGCCACAUUACCAGCAGCUGUUCAAGAGCAAAGGCAACUAUGAUGAAGGUUUUGGACGCAAGCAGCACAAGCAACUCUGGCUGCAGAAAGAGGUGGAAAAUGGUCUGUGUUGCGGAACUGAGGAAAGGAGCAGAUGUUCUUUCAAACAACCAAGUUUGGCAUCCUUUUUAGUGCUGCAAAAUUGAAUAGGAAUGAAAUCAUUCAACAUUUGGGAAUGGUGAUGUAAAGUAUUAAGUUCAGAUACUAAAAGCUAAAAAUGGAUAUAAGGCACCAACUUUUUUUUCUGAACUGUAGUAUGAUUUAACUUGUUAUAUACUUUACUACUAAAAAAAAAAUCAACUUGCAAAGAGAAAAUCUCCAAUAAGGGUUUGAACUUCUGCUGAGAUCUUGGAGGAUCAUAACCAAGAAUAAGACUUCAAUAUGUUAUUUCCAGCCAGGGGUUUGGGCAGCAUAAUCUACAUUAUGCUGGGAUGUGCUGAACUAUUUUUGGGUAGUUAGCAUAAGUACUGUUCCAAUAUGAAGGUGGGUGGAAUAUUUUUGAGUACAUUCUUCAAUCCUGAAGCAUCUACUAAGGAAUUGGACAAUGAUUCCUUCUCCUUAUUUGGCCAGUAGUAAGUGUAACGGAAGCUAUCAAAUUUCUUGAUCUUUUGAAGACCAAAAAAACACUAGCACUCACUGAAUUAAUUACAAGGAAUUCAGAUUGAAUUGAAUCAGUAUCCAUAUAUAUACAUCUAUAUUGUGUUGCUAGUAUUUCCAGAAACUAGGUAAGAAAGCACUAAAGGUUCCAAUUUAUUACAUAAAAUUGGGAAUUGGCCCACCUCACUUGUGCCAGUAGAAGGAAUUCUGGCUAGCAGUCUCCAGGAGGAGAAACUUUUCUGCUGUAGCUUAAGCCCUGAUCUGAUCUCACCUUUUUGGCCUUCCAAAAGGACAUGAAAACCUGGCUCUGCAAAUUGGCCUCGAGCCUUGAUUGGGGUUUGUUAUACUGGAAGUGCUUAAUAGAUAAAGAUAAUAUUCUUUUCUACCCUGUGUAUGCAUCUUGCUCUCUUUGUUAAUUCUAAAUCAAUUAUGUUAAUAUUUUAAAAAAUAUUUUAAUGUUGUUAUCUUGCUGCUUUUAUUUUGUUAUAAGCUGCCUAGAAUCACCUCUAGAUGAGAUGGGUAGCAUACACAUUCAAUAAACACACAACUUGUCGGACCUGAGGAAGUAGACAGGGUCCUCAGGACUAUGAGUAGACCCCCCUGGUCUUUAGAUCCAUGCCUGUCCCGCCUUGUUAAAGAGGCCAGAGGUAAGGUGCUGUGACAAUGAUCAAUUCUUGAGGGAAGGGAUUGUUCUUUUAUCUCUUAGAUUCACCCUUCUUCAAGAAGCAAUUGCAGAACCCUACCAUCCCGAACAAUUUUCAUUCAGUAACAGUAACAGAGUUGGAAGGGACCUUGGAGGUCAUCUAGUCCAACUCUCUGCAGGAGACCUGUACUAGAGAUUCAAACUGCCGACCUUUUUGAUCGACAAGCUCAGUGUCUUAGCCACUGAGCCACCUAGUCAGGUGUAUAUUACCUCUACUUUUGGGGAAAGGUAGUUGUGUAGCAGCUUCAGAAGACUUUGGAAGAAGUGAAUUUACAUCCCUUUCAGUCAUGAUUAAGACCUGGGUAUGGACGAAAACAGCACUGCUUGCAUUUUUGAAUGAACUCUGGCUUAGUGGGAUGGGGUUAAUAUAUCCAUGACCUACUUGAACCCUUAGCCGCUUUUGAUACCAUUGACCAUGGUACCCUUCUGGAUCAGUUCAGAGGAUUUGGGGAGAGAGCAUGCUGUUGUGCUGGUUCACCUCUUUCCUUCCGGGUUGAUUCCAGCUGGUGAUGAUUGGGAAGGAGAGGUCCUCCCUCAGCCUCGGCUUUGUAGGGUGCCACAAGGUUUGGUAUUUUCUCCUCUCCCUCAUAAACAUCUAUGUGUGGCUGCUGAGUGAACUCAUCCAUCCCACUGGGUGAAAUAACAUCAAUACACAUAUGAUACACGAUUCUAUAUCUCCAUCCCUGGCAAAUAAAGUGAAGCUGGAAUUCUUAUCCUAAUGUUUGGAGAUUAUGAAGGUCUGGGUGGUUUGGUAAGACUGAAUAGCUGGAUUUGGGGGGGUGGGGGCAUUGUUUCAAGGAUUAUGCCAUCUUUGGUGCUGGAUUUUGUUACAUACAUACAGGUCUUAUGUGUAACUCGGAUAACCUAGACUCAUGACCUCUGAUCAAUGAGCAAGUGGCAGUUGUGGCUAGGAGGCCUAUGCUGCAGGCACAAUCAACUAAGGGCCUACAUUUGGUGGGAUGCUGGAGAUGUGCCUUCUCUGCCCUAGUGCCUGCCUUAUGAAACACUACUCCUAUCCAAAAUUAGAUUGGCUCCACCCAUAUUAUAUUCUGAAAGGGUCUCAACACCUGACUAUCUGACCAGGCCUAGGGCUCCCAGGAACCAGAGACAUGCUUAGAUGACUCUAUUGCUGUGAUCAUUGCUCUUUGCCUAGGUUUUGUAUUUCUGUUUAUGUAAUUAUUGCUAUUUGAUUUUUAUUUUUUAUAUUUGUGAUUUUGUAUGUAGUAUUACCUGUUCGUUGUGCUCCUCCCAGAGCCACCUUCAGUGAGAGGGGCAGCUAUAUAAACUUGUUUCUAAAUAAACUAAAUAAAUAUUUGCUCAUCCAUGCUAACACUCA